AUUCAAUAUUUCCUCUUCAGAUAUCAUUUCUCUCAAGUAUAUUAUUUUCUCUCUUUGUUUUAUUUGACGUAUCUCUUCUUCUUCUAAAACACCAGGCAGUUUUUGGAAAAAUGGAAUUUGUGAACACCUCUACACCAAGAUAUGAAUGCCUCCUCUUUGAUUUGGAUGAUACUCUUUAUCCUUUAAGCUCUGGUUUAUCAGAAGCAUGCGCCAACAACAUCAUAGGUAUGCUAUAGCUUUUUGAUAACAUUUUUAUUUCAGUUACUAAUUUACAUGUUUAAUCUUUAACAUAAUGGAAUGAUCCGAAUUACCAUAAGUAGAAUUCAUGGUUGAGAAGCUCGGAAUAGAUGAAGAUGGAGUAGUUGAACUAAACCAAAUUCUCUAUAAGAAAUAUGGAACUUCAAUGGCUGGUCUUAAGGCGGUAGGUUAUGAAUUUGACAAUGAUGAGUACCACAGAUUUGUUCAUGGAAGAUUACCUUAUGAAAACCUUAAACCAGACCCGGUUCUGAGAAAUCUACUCCUUACUCUACCUUUGCGGAAAUUAGUUUUCUCGAACGGAGAUGAAGUUCAUGUGAUGAAGGCUUUAAAGAGACUCGGCAUCGAAGAUUGUUUUGAGAGAAUCAUAAGUUUCGAGUCCUUGAAUCCUAAGAUCAACGAGACUGAGGUUUCUGUAGAUUACCUUCCAGAGAUUCCGGUUACCUGUAAACCAGCAGAGAUUGCUUUCAAGAAAGCCUUCGACAUUGCACAGCUCAAUCCUCACACAACCUUGUUCUUUGACGACAGUAUCCGUAACAUCCAAACUGGAAAGGUCAUGGGUCUCCAUACAGUCCUGGUUGGUAAAUCGGAAAAGGUGGAAGGAAGUGAUCACGCGUUAAAAAGCAUUCACAACAUGAAAGAAGCAUUUCCGGAGUUAUGGUCGGAAUCCAACAACAAAGAAUCUGAAAGAAUUGGUUACGCCACACAAAUUUCGAUUGAAACUCCUGUUCAUGCUUAGUUUUACAUGUUUUGUUAAGUUUGUGAAGAAUUCUAUAUCUAAUUAUAUAUAACUAAUGUAUAAUACAACCAAAUAUCCAAUAUAUUCACCAUUAAUUGUUGGUGUAGCGGUUGAUAUAUAUGGUGUCUAGCUAUGUAUUUGUGGUUUAAAUUAAAUAAAGUGUAUUUGAUUACAUAGGUAUGCUCUUUUGUACAUAUUAAGUAAUAAAGUGUUAUAUACAUGCAUCUUG